GCUGCAAUGUAGCACUCUACCGAGCAGUUCGUUGUGGAUGCUUCGCCCAACAACUUUCUCAAGAUUGCCGAACAUAUCUGCAGGCAGUCCAACUGCACCAUGGAAACUUGUGUCCACAGAAGGAGCUUGAAGCAUGGCGAGGAGUAGUCAGGCUAUCGUGGCCCGAACUCGUCAGCAAGCGAAUCCCGUCCUGAGUUGCAUCAGGUCCACACUUGUGGAGUUUGUGGCCGAUGACACGCUAUCCGCUGAUUUCCUUGCAGGACCGGAUACAGCUGUGCUUUUCAUCAGUUUGAGAUUCCAGCGCGUUCAUCCGGAGUAUCUAGAUCGCCGAAUUCAGGGCCUAGGAGAGUGGCGCAAUCGCAUUUUACUCUGCCGAGUUGAUGUGGAACAACCAGAGGAGGCCUUGGAGCAGGUUACACUUGCAGCUUUUCAUGGCAAGUUGUCACUGCUUCUCGCCUGGACUGAUGCAGAGGCUGCUGCGUAUAUAGAAACGCUUCACAGAUAUCAAAGCAAAGGUGCGGAGGCUUUGAUGGGCAGACUGAAUCAAGAUCAUCAUGCUCGGCAUCUUGAGGUACUUACUACCAUCAAGGGCAUCAACAAGACCGAUGCCGCGGCGCUGUCUACAUGCUUUGGGUCUUUUGCUGGUGUGGCUAAAGCCAGCUCCGAGGAUUUGCAGCGUUGCAGUGGCAUUGGCGACAAGAAGGUGCGACAGCUUAGCAAUGUGUUUCACAAGCCAUUCUUUCCCCGGUGACGUGAGAGUGGGCGCUGGCGCUUGCGCUUGUUCCAAUCUUGGUGGGCUUUGCUUGCAGAAAUGUAGUGGCUGGUCGGUUCAAGACUGACGCGGGGCACGAGAAACGGAGCUCUGCCGGCCCGCGCCUUCCGCGAGCGCGGCGGCAUCCCUGCGCAGAGAGCGCCAGGGGUGGUGUGUCGAUGUCAAGAUGGCCCGAUGGCCCGACGGCCACAUGCGGAAUGUC